CUCAAAUUUAAGCUUUCUAGGUCAAACUUUCAAAUGAAAGUUAGUUCAAACUGCAAUGCCCUUUCGAACUGCGAAAUCAAUUUUGGUCAAAGUAGGUAUAAAUUGAGUACCUCGAGACAAUGUGAAAAUAAUUGAAGCCUUCCUUCCCCCUGAGGGGUCUGGGACCAAACUGAUUGCGAGUUUCCAUCUUAUUGGGUGGGUAAACAUUGUAAAAAAAAAAAAAAAAUUGAGCGAAAUCGAAGGACAUGACUCAAAAACUUUAGUUGAGUUGAGGUAGAAUAACCCUGCAUUGAAUGAACAAAAUUCAGUGGGAGGGGGGUCUCUGUACAUUAGGGGGGCUCUCAUCGUAGACGUGGGAGGUCACCGCACUCCUGGAUCGUAUCUUUAAGUACUAAUUUAAAGUUGAUUUUUUGUCAGGCCAUUCUGUUUACGUACGUUGAUAUCUAAUUGAAAGGAAUCUUGUUUGUAAGAAGUAAGAUUUAUUGAACCACUCUGAUUAGAAUAGUAUCAACAUCUAUCUACUCGAUUUAUCAAAGGUCGUGAUAGGGAUAAAGACGAAUUCCUCGUACGAGUAUUACCAUCUCAUCGUAGACCCUACUGGGAAAGAAAUCAUCAGCAGAUAUUUGAAAAUUAAUAAAAAAAAUUAUUUGAUCAGGAAACUGAUUCUGAUUAGGGUGAUAGGUACUCGUAGUAGUCAGAUCGAUAAUAUGGAAUUGAUUCAAUUUCAAUGCAACUAGUGUAUGGAUACGUUGGAAUUGUUUUUUCUCUGGGUUUUCUUGAUCUGUUUGUCAUGAAAGAAAUCGUAGUUUUCAUCUUCUUGCUGGCUAUACAACCGAACCCCGUAUUACUUCAGGGUUCCAAUGAUCUAAAUCCUAAUAUACCCAAAUCACCUGAAACAUUUUUUCUGGAUGCUUCGCAUCAUCUUAAUGAGUUUGAAGAGACGUUGCUGUUCCAUAAUCACCUUUUUGUGGAUAAGACCAUGUUCAUUGAAGAGUUGAUCAGGCGACAGCAGACAUGCGAACUAAUCAGUCGUCCUUCCCGCUGGGCUAAAACUUUUAAUAUGGCAAUGGCGGAAGCCUUCUUCGAUAUUCCGCAUCACCCAAAUGGCUCAGUUGAUCACUGCAAACGAGACAUGGUCAAAUCAUUUUUCGAAGGUGGAUCCAUAAUUGUGUUACCAGGUAAUAAAUCUUCCAUAGAAACAAAACCUUUGGAAAUUUCUAAAGUGGAAAAUGCAAUGGAGGAAAUGGGACGUCAUCCGACAAUAUCCAUUUCGUUGGUCAGCGAUGGUGACACAUUUAACGACUUUAUCAGGAAAUUUGCCGACCAAAUAAGCGAAAUAAUUUCCACUAAAAAUUAUGCCUCAUUUUUACCAAAGUACUGUAGAGGAACUGGCCUUCUAGACAGAUGUUAUGAACUUUUAAAUAGUACCAAAGAAAACCUCGCUGGUAAGCUUAGUACAUUGGAACAUAGCAUAGAAAUAUUAACUGGUCUACUAACGAGCCAUUUCUACUCAGAAACUGUGGUAUUAAUUGACGAGCAUGAUUACCCAUUGAACCGAAUGCUAUGCAACGAAACUGAUUUUCAACAAACGGCAAAUUUUUUGAAAAAUUUGUUCACUUGGACAUAUAAAGGUAAGACAUACACUAGCAUAUACCGUAGUGUCGUAACUGGUGUGCUGCAAUUACCGAGAUGCGAAAUAUCAUCAGGGAUGGCAUCUUGUUUAAGUAGCAGUGUACUAGAACCGCAAUAUAUGCCACAUUUUGGUUUCACCGAGCAAAACGUUCGAACGUUACUUGAAAAAAAUCCUAGCUUUCCGCAUAAUCUGACCGAAUUGAAAACCUGGUACGGUGGCUACACGUUCGGGGAGCAUUACGGGUAUAACCCUCGCUCAAUUCGUGGUUACUUCGAAUCUAAUCAAACAGGCAACUAUUGGAUAACGAGUGUUCCAUUGGGCCUUAAUUCGAGUCAUCUGGAUACCCCUCUUCAUCAACUAUUUAUGUUGGAUAAAUUUCAAAGAUGCGUCCAGCAAUUGUUUGUUAGCAAUAGCCCAUUGCGAGCUGCACUCAGCUCAGAAAUACAUUACACGAAUGCUGUAACCAGCUGCAGGGACACUUUUCUAUCUGCUUCAACAGCAAUGGGAUAUACGACGUGUGAACAAAUAUCCGAACGAUAUUAUAAUGUCCGCAUUCCUAAUAAGGAAGUGCGCGAUGAAUUUAAACAUGCGAUCCGACUAUGGACGAAAAAACAUUUAAAGGAGAACUUCGAUGCGAUAAUGGCAGUUGUUGAUCAAAUUCUGGAGAAUUUAAAACUGAACAAUUUCUCUUCAGUUCAAAGCAAUUUCUAUAAGCUGCUAUCUGUAGUCAAGGAAACAACUCCAGCAAAACUCCAUUGCGAUCUUAUUUUCGGAUUAUUGGUCCAACUCGAUGAUAAUUGGCAUUUGGAACGUAGUUUCAAUGACGUAAUUUCUACCUGCGGACAAGUAGAAUUUCGCUGCUACAUCACAUUAAAAUUGAAGCUCGAUUCAAAUUGCAAAGAUUCCACUCCAAUAGCUGUGAACAUCGUGAUAAAUGGUAAUUCUACUAUCGAGCAACUUACCACUGUGGCACAAACCGCUGGUACUUCUACUUACGAGGAACGUGCUGUUCAGGAACAAACUACGAAUAUUUCUCCCAGUACGAGUAUUAAGGAACCUUUUACUAAGAUACAAAUGACAGACGACAUCAAGAAUAAGAUCAUGGAGUGUUCGAAAAAAAGAGUUGCCCAAAUUGAAGAGAAAGACGGACGUAAAUACAAAUGGUAUACUUGCGUUGUCAGUGGGCCAAAGAUUGUGGGCUGGUUUCCCCAUGAGUAGGUAUUGGUCUGUAAAAUUGGUACCUUUUUAUUUUGUUCAGUCAGAGGAAGACGAAGAAAUACCAUAAAAACAAAAAAUGUAACAAUAUAAGGUGUAUAACGAUCCUGCAAGUUCAGUAAAAGUGCUUUGCCAAUGAGUCCUACAAGUCCUGCAGUUGUCCUAUUUUUUAUCACCUUCCAUAAAAAGUCUUGUUUUUUUCAAUUAAACUUCAAAUUUUCAACUUAUUUCUCCUUUUUUUUUGAAUUUUGAAAAAAUUUUAUUGAAAAAUGCUCAUUUUCGGAAUUUUUUAGAAUUUGAAUUAAUGGGCAAAAAGCACCGUUGUUUAAAUUGCAUUGAAAGGUUGCAAAUUUGUAUGGCACACUUGCGACGAAAUUUGCUCAAUGUAGAAAGAAAUAAAAACGAAAAAAUUUAGCUGUAAGGUUUAAUGUAAUAAAAACAAAAUCAAAGGUGAAACGAAAAUGUAACAAUUUUCUUUGUGCUUUUUUUAAGGUUAUGAAGGGCGCAACGAAAAAAUUUUUUUUUGUCAUCACUGGCUUUAUCUUUCUUUAGAUUUUGUCAUCAAUAUAAUUGUAUAUUAUAUUGUUAUUUAUGUUGUAGCCUAAGUAAAUUUUGAAUAAAUUGAUAUAAUAUUCAGUUAAAAACUCAUUUUUUAUGC